AUGGCAGCCGCGGCUGUGGCUGAGUUUCAGAGAGCACAGUCUCUUCUUGGAACUGACCGGAAUGCCUCUAUCGAUAUCUUACACUCAAUAGUGAAGCGGGACAUCCAGGACAGUGAUGAGGAGGCACUGCGUGUUAAAGAGCAGAGCAUCCUGGAGCUGGGGGGGCUGCUGGCGAAGACGGGGCAAGCUGCAGAACUUGGAGGUCUUCUGAAGUAUGUUCGCCCCUUCCUUAACUCAAUCUCCAAGGCCAAGGCAGCCCGGUUGGUUCGAUCCCUGCUGGAUUUGUUUCUGGACAUGGAAGCUGCCACAGGUCAGGAGGUCGACCUCUGCUUGGAAUGCAUUGAAUGGGCCAAAGCAGAGAAGAGGACCUUCCUCAGACAGGCACUAGAGGCUCGACUCAUCUCCUUGUAUUUCGACACAAAAUGCUACCAAGAAGCACUACAACUUGGCUCCCAGCUACUGCAAGAACUAAAGAAGAUGGAUGACAAGGCUCUACUGGUUGAGGUACAGCUGCUGGAGAGUAAGACCUACCACGCACUCAGUAACUUGCCCAAGGCCCGUGCUGCCCUCACUUCUGCCAGGACGACCGCCAACGCCAUCUACUGCCCUCCGAAACUACAAGCAGCUUUAGACAUGCAGUCAGGGAUCAUUCAUGCAGCAGAGGAGAAAGACUGGAAGACAGCAUACUCCUACUUCUACGAGGCCUUUGAGGGCUACGACUCCAUUGACAGCCCCCGAGCCAUCACGGCUCUCAAGUACAUGCUGCUCUGCAAAAUAAUGCUCAACGCGCCCGAGGACGUUCAGGCGCUUGUCAGUGGAAAACUAUCCCUGCGGUACGCAGGCAGACAGACGGACUCUCUGAAAUGUGUCGCUCAAGCCAGCAAGAACCGGUCCCUCGCGGAUUUUGAAAAGGCUCUGACAGAGUACAAAGCAGAACUGAGAGAUGACCCCAUCAUCAGCACCCACCUUACAAAGCUGUAUGACAACCUGCUGGAGCAGAACCUCAUCAGGGUCAUCGAGCCUUUCUCCCGGGUUCAGAUAUCACACAUCUCCUCCCUGAUUAAACUCCCAAAGCGAGAUGUGGAGAGGAAGCUAUCCCAGAUGAUUCUGGAUAAAAAGUUUCAUGGUAUUUUGGACCAAGGUGAGGGAGUGCUGAUUGUCUUUGAGGAACCAAUGGUGGACAAGACGUAUGAGGCGGCACUGGAGACUAUUCAGAACAUGAGCAAAGUUGUUGACUCACUUUACAACAAAGCAAAGAAGCUUACAUAA